CGGGGCCACAUAUUUAAUGCGCUUCCCCCUUCUCGCUUUAUAAACAAUUGUAAGAAAAAGGCAAGAAGGAACGCGAAAGCGAGAAGCAAACGCAGUCACUCAGCCCCCAUCCUCCCCCAAAACACAAAAUCCACACUGCCUACAGAUUCGAUCCCUUCGCUCCGGAGUCGGGAUCCGUCGUCAUUGUCGUCGAUGUGAGCUCCCUCAUAUGGAUCCGCCGCCAUUGAUGCCGCAGCUGCCGGAGAUGUGGCGGUUCCCGAUGGUCGCGGCGCCGCCGCCCUCGGCAUCGGGGCCCAGGGCUGGGCGGACGGGCGGCGACGCCUCUGUGGCGGGGUCCACGGUCACGGAGCAGAGCGGGCGGAGUAGGGGGCGGCGGCGACGGGGGGACCCUCCCCCCGGUCGCGCCGCCGAGGACGAGUCCUCCAAGCUUGAGUCUACCAGCAGCGGGGACGACCUGACUGAUACUGAGGCUAAACGUCUAAAGACCUUUAAGUCUACUGAUGAAAAUGACGAUAUAAAAACUGAGGCUGAGGCAAGUUUGGGCAUCUCUAGCAAGCUAGCUGACCAAAAUCCUCAACCUCCUGAGGCACCAAAGCAAGAUUAUAUCCAUGUGAGAGCCAGAAGAGGUCAAGCAACGGAUAGUCACAGCCUGGCAGAAAGAGCAAGGAGAGAAAAGAUAAGCGAGAGAAUGAAGAUUCUUCAGGAUCUGGUGCCUGGUUGUAACAAGGUAAUUGGUAAAGCAUCGGUUCUUGAUGAGAUAAUAAACUAUAUUCAGGCUCUACAGCGUCAGGUUGAGUUUUUAUCUAUGAAGCUAGAAGCUGUUAAUUCCCAUAUGGACACUGCCAUUGAGGCAUUUCCUCCCAAAGAUUUUAAUGCUCAGCCAUAUGAUACUACCUCUAGUUUGGCAUUCAGCUCGCAAGCAACAAGGGAAUAUGAGCAAGUUUCAGGAACAGAAUGGCUUCAUAUGCAGGUCGGGAGUGCCUUCAAAAGGGUGACAUGAUUGCAACAGACUACUCUCUCAUGGAUAAUAAGGGCAUGUAGAAGGAUGAGGUUUAGGUUACUUGUCUUCUCUUUCCUAGGUUAAUUAUCUUCAUGAUUUGAUUAUGCUUAAAGAUGUUAUGCGGUAAUGUCUUGCCAUAAAAGAAACAUCAAGUAGAUCCACUUUGUAGAACUGGAUAAGCUAAUUUUUGACUUAUUUCCAUCAAUUCUACAUGAUUUCCUUAUUCA